UCAUUACAAACGAUAAAACCUUCUGCGAACAAAAAUUCCUCUUUCACGCUCCUUCUUGACUGAGAAUGGCGGAAAAACAGGUCCCCGUCGGCGACGGUUUAACGGCGAACCUUGCCGGAAUGACGAAGAACCAGCUCUACGACAUUAUGUCUCAGAUGAAGACAUUAAUAGAACAGAAUCAGCAACAAGCGAGGCAGAUCCUCAUUCAAAACCCUCUCUUGACCAAAGCGCUUUUCCAGGCUCAAAUUAUGCUUGGGAUGGUUCAGCCUCCUCAAGCGAUUCCAAACAUUCAGCCACCAGUGUCACAGCCAACACAGCAAUCAGCAGCCCCAACUCAGCAAUCAGCACAGCCAACUCAGCAACCAAAGAUUCAGGCUGCACGCUCAUUGCCAAGUCAAUUGGGUAUACAAAACCAAACUGGUGCUCCUCAAACCCAAACGCCUAUGACAAAGCAACAACAGAACCAGCCUGCAAUGCCAGUCUCUGCUUCUGUUCCUGCAGCUAGCCAUCAGUCUCAGCCUGCAACUUUGCAUCCUCUCCAGCCACCACAGCAGUCCAUGGGACAUUUGAAUCCCCAAGGUUCUUCAAUGUCUCUACAACAGCCAUCUCAACAUCAGAACUUUCCUCAAGUUCCUCUUCAUUCCGCUCCCCAACCACCUUCACUUCAGCAAACUCAAAAGUCUGCUGCCUCCAGCCAGUUGCAGCAGCCAUUGCAGACAACUGGAACUCCUCAUAUGCCAUUGCAGCCACCGAUGCCACCACAGCCUAGGCUGCCUUCAAUGCCAAGCUUCCAUCAUCAAUAUGCUCCACAAAUGGGGCCCAAUGUUGGUUUCCAGCCUCCCAGUGCUCCUCAGCAUCUCUCCCAACCCAUGUAUCAUGCAGGUACAAAACCUCCUGCAAACACAGGGCCUUCUUUUCUACAGGGGCAGCCACCUCUUCCAAGUCAGGCUCCUCCUCAAUCACUAUAUCAGGCAGGUGGUCAACAUUUUGGGACAGAAUUCAACAAUCAAGUUGGAAACCUGAUGCAAGCGGACAGAGGAUCAUCUUGGAUGUCUGGUCCACCAGAGGCUCCAACUAUAACACAGCUUCCUGGUCCACCGUCUUCAGCUCCAGGUCUGAUGGGCCCCAGCAACCAACCCUCCCGGGCUGCCCCGAUGACUACUGAGAUGGAGAAAGCACUGCUUCAGCAGGUCAUGAGUCUCACCCAAGAACAAAUUAAUCUCCUGCCACCGGAACAAAGGAACCAAGUGCUUCAGCUGCAGCAGAUGCUGCGCCAGUGAGAUUAUAAUCUCUGUUGAGGCCAAUGUACAAGAACUUCCUACUUGCAGAAAUCUGAAUGCCAAGUCAUCCAGCAACCGAUAAUGGCAGCUAUGAAAGAAUAUCAUAGAGAAGUCGACAUGAGUUGUUGAAAGGAGACAGAAAAUAGCUUCUUGUGUUGAGAGUUGUUUAUUUAGCUGGAAUAUAUAUAUAUAUAUAUUGACUGUCCAUUUUUGUUA